CGGGCCGCUUUUUUUUUUUUUUCUUUUCCUUUCUACUACUGACCCUGGGCUGUAAUCACCAUGACAACAAAGCCUAAAAGUCAGUUCGAUCUAUGUGAUCGAGAACAAAAGACUGAAGACAGCCUAACUCAGUGUCUAAAGGAUGCAUUUCUAAAUAAUGUUUUUUAUAGCAAGAUUAGUGAUUCCGCAUUUGUUGCUGUCAAUCCUUACAAGUCUGUACCUUUACAAAGCUUUCAAUAUGUGACAGAAUAUAAAGAUACCAGCGCUGACAGUUUGGAACCUUUACCGACUCACAUUUACAAGUUAACGAACCAAGCUUACUUGCACAUGCGAAGAACCGGUAUUGAUCAGUCUAUUAUCCUUGGUGGCGAGUCAGGAAGUGGAAAAACCGAAAACUUCAAAUAUAUCCUCGAUCAUCUUGUCCAUUUAUCUUCACAAAAGAAAGAAACCAAGCUUCAGUCACAGAUAUCGAAUGCUCAAAUUGUUCUCGAAUCAUUUGGUAAUGCGCGUACAGGACUAAACGACAAUGCUUCUCGAUUUGGAAAGUAUGUUGAGUUGCAAUUUAAUGAAAGAGGUCGGAUGACUGGCGCCAAACUCCUGAAUUAUUUACUUGACAAGUCUCGACUGACACAGUGUCCAGUCAACGAACAGACAUUUCAUAUCUUUUACCAGAUCUUUUCCGGAGCGAGUACAGAGGAAAAGACAAUCUUGCAGUUAGAUGAUGAUGUAUUCUAUCGAUAUAUACCCAGACGAAUGGCAGCUUCCGGGAAGGAAGGACAGCAAUUUCAGCAGCUCAAACUGGCAAUGAAAUCAUUAGGGAUUAAUAAAAAGUAUCAAGCACGCAUCUGGCAGUUUAUUGCCUGCUUGCUUCACCUUGGACAGCUCGAGUUUACAGAAGAUCAUACGAUUCAAGAGGCAGCCUUUGUGAAGAAUCCAGAUGUACUUGAUAUCUGCGCGGAUUUUUUGGGCGUUGAUCCUCGAGCACUAGAAAACUUGAUGACUUACAAGACUGUCAUUAUCAAUAAGGACGUAACAUCAGCCAUUUUGGAUUCCACCGGUGCAGCACAACAGCGAGACGAAAUCGUGAGGGCUUUGUAUUCCCUCCUGUUUUCUUGGCUGGUGGAGUAUAUUAAUACAAGGCUCUGCAUAGACACUACACACAGCUUCAUCGGCAUCUUGGAUUUUCCAGGACCGCGAUUACAUAAUCAACCAUACAACAAUUUUAAUGCAUUUUGUGUCAAUUUGGCAAAUGAACGACUACAACAUUUCUGUCAGCGUAACAUAUUUGAAGCAGAUACAGAAGAGUACCGCAUGGAAGGAUUGCCAGUGGUAGAUAUCCCUUAUUUCAACAAUCAGGCUUGUGUUGAACUGCUUGUACGACCUAAGCAUGGACUAAUUGACCUGGCCAAUCGACAAGCCAAGCUAUCAGGCACAGACGCCCAAAUGCUCGACAGUUUUACAAAGCAUAACAGCAACCAUGGAUCGUUUGUGCCCAAGUCUUCAGAGACUGGUCAGCGCCUAUUUGCUGUGCAACAUUUCGCUGGGCAGGUUACAUAUAAUCCUGAGGGCUUUGUAGAGUCCAAUAAAGAUGUCCUUAACGCAGAACUUGUACAACUCAUUCGAGGCAGUGAUCAUUCACCUGCAUCCUUCAAUAGUUUUGUCGUAGAGCUGUUUGCAGAUAAGAGCAUCAGCACAGAAAGUCAUCCAAAGCAUACCGAUGCUAUAUUGAACGCUCAACAACCAAGUGGCCCCCUCCGCGGUCCUUCGAUGCGUCGAUCGAAAACAACACGACGAAAGCGUCAGUCGGGAGCAAUAGAAGCAACGAUCCCAGAGGCCGGUGAACCUACCUACAAGAAACAUGUCUCCAUGCUGUUGUCUCAGCUCAACAAGUCAUUAGACGAUUUAUUUGCCACGCUAGACGAGACAGUACCUUGGUUUGUAUUCUGUAUUAGACCCAACGACAACGCGGCCCCCAAUCAGUUUGAUAGUAACAAGGUGAGAGCACAGAUCAGAGCAUGGGGAAUUCCUCAGAUAUGUGAAAAGAUGAAAACGGUUUACACCAUUUCUUAUUUUCACGAUGAAUUUAUCGAGAGGUACGCCAGCCAGCUAGAAAAUAUAGAUUCAUCUGCAAGCAACAAAGACAAGUGUCAAGCGGCUAUUGCUCAAUUUGCUUGGUCUUUACCACAUGCUCAACUAGGAGCGACCAAGAUAUAUUUAAGUGAAGAGGCUUGGAUAACAUUAGAAAAUAAAUUACGAACAAUUGAAAAAGAAGAACAAAGACGACAAAAGGACGAAAGACGAUACACAGAAAAUAUGGCUAGCUUAAAUGCACCCAUGAUGAACAUGGACCGCGACCAGAGUUUUGACAAUCUAUCUCACGUCUCAUACGGUUCCAACUCUGAGUUUUUGCUUUCUGGACAAAACGAUUAUGGACAUCGCCAUGGCGCUGCAACAGCAGCAGCAGCAGCAACAGGCCUACCGCUUCCUCGUGGACCUGGCUCAGUAUACACAGAUGAUCAACGGUCAUUUCUAUCAGAUAAUGAAGAGCUUUAUCAUCUACAACAGGCACAUAGUUACAACGAGACCGAAUCGCACUAUGGUUCAGACUAUUACAUGAAUCCCGAGAUGAAACAAAUGGGUCCUACUGCCGUAGUAGAAGAAGAAGCGCCUGAAGAAGAAGAACAGAUGUCGCGUGUUCGUCGACACUGGCUGAAUUUUGUUUGGUUCAUGACAUGGUGGAUACCAACGUUAUUCCUAGUCAAGUGCGGCAAGAUGAAACGACCUGAUAUUCAAAUUGCAUGGAGAGAAAAGAUGACGCUUUGCAUGAUUAUCCUACUUACUUCUGGAUUCAUCAUCUGGUUCUUGGUUUUUUUUGGCUCGUUGAUAUGUCCUCAUCAAGACGUCUUUUCUACGUCCGAACUGCAAAACCACGCAGAUAAAAAUAAUGCUUAUAUAGCGAUUCGAGGCGAAGUGUUUGACCUCACCAAGUAUGCUCCUCAUCACUGGGCGGGACAAGUUAUACCUCAAAGCGCCAUCUUGCAAUACGGUGGCAAGGACGCUUCUUCACUAUUUCCUGUGCAAGUAUCUGCACUAUGUCAGGGCGUCAAUGGUCAAGUGAGUCCGUAUGUCUCUCUGGACUUUAAUGCAAACCUGACAGAUCCAAACGCACAAUACCACAACUUUUUGCCCAGCAGCAACGAUCCAAGGCCGGACUGGUAUUUCGAAAAGAUGAUGUACCUUCGAAAGAACUAUAAGCUUGGUAACAUGGGGUUCACACCCAAGGAUAUCAAGUCUCAGGCUGAAAACCCUGUGGACAUGUCUGGCAUCACAACACCUAGACAAUGGGCCAUAUUGAAUGGUAACGUGUAUGAUCUGACGUACUAUAUCCUGGGUGGACGUCGAUUUGAUUUACCUCCUGGUGUGAGUCAGCCUGAUAACUCUGAACUCAAUUUUCUAGACAACGCAGUGGUCACCUUGUUCAGUCAGAAGGCCGGCCAAGAUAUCACCGAUAGUUGGAAUGCAUUACCACUAGAUGCCGACGUCAAGCUUCGUCAAGAGGUAUGCCUAAGAAAUUUAUACUAUGUCGGCACUGUCGAUCAGCGUAAUUCAGCACGUUGUCUAUUUGCAGAGUACCUGCUGCUCAUCGUCACUGUCUUCCUAUGUCUAGUCAUUGUCUUCAAGUUCUUGGCAGCCCUCCAAUUUGGCACUCGACGAGAUCCUGAAAAGCACGAAAAAUUUGUCAUCUGUCAGAUUCCAUGCUACACAGAAGGUGAAGACGAGUUGCGAAAAACAAUUGAUUCGAUUGCUUCGCUACAAUAUGAUGACAAGCGUAAACUUUUGUUUAUUAUUUGUGAUGGUAUGAUUAUUGGUGGUGGUAACGAUCGUCCUACGCCCCGUAUCGUCCUUGACAUUCUUGGUGUCGAUCCCAAUGUCGAUCCCGAGGCGCUUUCGUUCUUCUCGGUCGGUGAAGGUCAAAAACAGCACAACAUGGGCAAGAUUUAUUCUGGAUUAUAUGAAGUCAAGGGCCAUGUCGUACCGUACAUCGUCGUGGUGAAAGUAGGCAAGCCUACUGAACGACAAAAGCCUGGUAAUCGUGGCAAGCGAGACAGUCAGUUGGUGUUGAUGAACUUUUUAAACAAGGUCCACUUUAACUCACCCAUGACGCCCAUGGAGCUAGAGCUUUAUCACCAGAUUAAAAAUGUUAUUGGUGUGAACCCAAGUUUUUAUGAGUAUGUGCUAAUGGUUGACGCCGAUACAGAAGUCAUGCCGGAUGGUCUGAAUCGACUUGUAUCAGCAUUUACACAUGAUGCAAAGAUCAUUGGCCUAUGUGGAGAAACGAUGCUUUCGAACGAAAAGGACAGUUGGGUAACGAUGAUUCAAGUGUAUGAAUAUUAUAUUUCCCACUACUUGAUCAAGGCAUUUGAAUCAUUAUUUGGCACAGUGACCUGUUUACCUGGUUGUUUCUGUAUGUACCGAAUACGAUCACCUCAAAAGAAUCAGCCAUUGCUUAUUUCAAAUCAAAUCAUUCAAGAUUAUGCCAUCAACAAGGUAGACACACUGCACAAGAAGAACCUGCUACAUCUUGGUGAAGAUCGUUAUCUGACAACACUCAUCCUCAAGCAUUUUCCCAACUACAAGACCAAGUUUGUUUCCGAUGCAAAGUGUGCAACCAAUGCACCAGACCAAUGGAGCGUACUGCUCUCCCAGCGUCGUCGUUGGAUCAACUCUACAAUUCACAACUUGGGAGAACUCGUCUUUCUGCCUCAGCUCUGUGGCUUUUGUUGUUUCUCUAUGCGUUUUGUUGUCAUGCUCGACUUGCUGAGUACCCUAGUUCAACCUGCUAUUGUUGGAUACCUCAUCUACCUCAUUUAUUCAUUAGCCACAUCGACCUCAGGCGUGCCCAUAAUGUCUAUCAUUACCAUCGCUGGUGUCUACGGACUUCAGGCACUCAUCUUUUUGUUACGUCGCAAGUGGGAACAUAUUGCAUGGAUGAUUGUAUCCAUUUUGGCUAUUCCUGUAUUUUCAUUUGCUAUUCCCAUCUAUUCUUACUGGCACUUUGACGAUUUCUCAUGGGGUAACACACGUGUGGUCAUGGGCGAAAAGGGCAAGAAGCUGGUGAUGGCCGAUGAGGGUAAAUUUGAUCGCAAGUCUAUACCUGUGAUGACAUGGGACGAGUAUGAGCGUAGCAUGUAUGAAGAUAUGAACAAUGGUAACUACUUUGAUGACAGUGCCUCUGUGGGCUCUCGUCGUUCCGAGCGCAGCCAAAGUUCAUAUUAUAGUCAGCAAAGUAAAUACUCUAAUCCUUUCCAGCCAUCAAGGGUAGCAUCACCUGCAUUUAGCCCUAUACCACCUUAUCAUUCACCGGCACCAGGCUCUGUUGUCGGCUAUCCUCCUCAAGGACAGUACCGGUCUCAAUCUCCGUUUCAUUAGAUGAUAUCUUUGUUUAAAAUAAUGUUUAUACACUUGUCACAUACAUAUGCACUUAUUAUCCCCUCCUUUUUUUUUCUCUUCUUGUGCUUUACAAAAUAAAAAAGAAUUCCAAU